GUCGUAAAUAAACACAGUGAUUGGGCGCAGUUUAAGGCUUCUCUGUGAAACUGCAACACUGAUGGUAAAUUAAUUGUCAAUGCAUCUAGACAGAUACAUUUAUGUUUGCUCUUUAAUGUGGAAUCCGUGCCUGUGAAAGUUUGCGGGGCGCUGAAUCUCUGGCGUAUUGUCGGCAAACCGUUGCAAAUUGGCGUUUGCAGAAAACCGGGGAUUGGAGCUAGGGGUGAGAGGCCGCUCCCUGCUCUGUCUGUCACUCUGACUCUGUCUCCUCCCCUUCUCGCCUGUCUCUCUGCGAUUCUCGACCAGGUCGGGGCGCUGUUUAUAAAAGGAGUUAGUAGCAUUCGACCUUUUAUUGUACAGUGACUUGAGUGAAGAAAUAUCAUGUCUGGCAGAGGGAAAGGAGGCAAAGGACUGGGCAAAGGCGGAGCCAAACGGCAUCGCAAAGUUUUACGUGAUAAUAUCCAAGGCAUCACCAAACCAGCUAUCCGCCGCCUGGCUCGGCGUGGCGGUGUCAAGCGAAUCUCGGGUCUGAUCUACGAGGAGACCCGUGGGGUGCUGAAGGUUUUCUUGGAGAAUGUGAUCAGGGAUGCGGUCACCUACACCGAGCACGCCAAGCGUAAGACGGUCACUGCCAUGGAUGUGGUGUACGCUCUGAAACGCCAGGGCCGCACUCUGUAUGGCUUCGGCGGUUGAAGAAUUCUUCCCUUUAUCCAAUCGACAAAACAAAGGCUCUUUUAAGAGCCACCCACCAUUUCACAAAGGGAACAGUGACCGGGAGCAUGAUCACACUUUGUACUGAAUUAACUUUUAGUUAUUGCCCGAUAGUUGCAUGUAUUUUGAUUGGUUCUUGCUUUCAGCGUUUAUGAUGAGGAAAGCUGAUGUCAGGCAGAUUUUCUGAAGGUUUAAACUGAAGAGGGGCUUAUAGUAGACCAUUCUCCAGGCCAAAGAUCAUAGAGGCUAUCCCCUUUGUAAAUCCAGCAACACAAAGGUCGACUCGAAACUUUCCCGUUUGAAUAACAUCAGUUUCCACAUCGGGUCUGUAAAUUCGCACCGCGUAUUCAGAUUUAGUGGUUUACGGAGGUGAUUUAAAUUAAUUCGAAAUUAAUUUGGUAGGUACAAAAUAGUGCUGUAUUCACAAUUGCAAGGGAGUAUUUACCUCGGUUCCCGCUUGCUGUUAAAUUGGCGGUCAAUUUGAAAUUGAACCAGUAGCCAACCACACUACAGUGUGCCUGCCCUCACUGGUUGUCUGAGCUCCGCCCGCCGCUCACAAAUCUCUGUAUUUGGUCACAAAUAAUAUUUUCCCCGCCGACCUCAGACCUGAAACUGGCGGCCAGUUGCUGACUGAGCUGCUGCCAAUCGAAUCGCGGGAA